AUGUACGUGAAGGUUAGCAUGGAUGGAGCACCUUAUCUAAGAAAGAUAGAUCUAAAACAAUACAAAGAUUACAAGGAACUCCUAAGGGCCUUAGAAGCCAUGUUCAAAUUUAAUGGUAUAGAGUAUGAACAAACUUAUGAAGACAAAGAUGGAGAUUGGAUGUUGGUUGGAGAUGUUCCUUGGGAAAUGUUUAUUGGUUCUUGCAAAAGGCUUAGAUUAGUGAAAGGAUCUGAAUCAAAUGGCUUGGCCUAA